AUGAAUAACUUACUUGUUAUCUUCUUGAUUUUCGUGACAUUCGCCUCGUCAACUCCAAUAAGACGUCAAGAUGCGCUUAGCGGUUUUAAACCGUGUAAAGGUAUUAAUUUUCCAAACGAAAUUACCACCUACAUUUACACUCCUAAUCCAUUGCAAGCGGGUCAAGAAGCAACUAUUCAUAUUGCCGGUAAAGCAACUGUAACUAUUGAAAACGGUGCAUUGUAUAAUAUUACGGGAAUAACGGGAUUUGAUGAUACACAAAUAUCCCAUCGUGAAAUUAGUUUUUGUGAAGCGAUUGUGACGCCUAGUGGAUUCACCUGUCCAGUAAAGGAGAAUUUUGAUUUUAUCGCAAAGUUUGUGGAAGCAUCAUCUCCUAAUGACCCUAAAAAUACUGUAAAAGAAUAUUUAAUAAGAAUACAGAUAACAAAUCCUGACGGUAAAGAUUUAUCAUGUAUUGAAGGGAACAUCAAAAUUUCUUAUCCAUAA